CUCCCUCCCUCCGACUGCUCCGGCGGUCGGGAGAAGAGGAGGAGGAGGAGAAGGAGGCGGCUGCCCCGCCAUGGCAUGCUGGUCGCGGAGCGCCCUGCUGUGGCUGCUGGCGGGCGCCUGUGGCCUGGCUUUGCUCGGCUAUUGCAUCUACUUCGACCGAAAGCGGCGAAACGCCGCAGAUUUCAAACAGAGGCUGAGAGAAAAAAGAAGAAAAGAACAGAAAAAAGCAAAAGAACACGAAGCAGAGUUACACAAGCUAAAAGAAUCUGAAGAAGUACAAGAGUUCUUUCUGCAGGAGAUACAGUUAGGGGAACUUUGGUUGACAAAAGGAGAGCAGAAGAAGAGUGUUGAGCACCUCAUCAAUGCCAUUUCUGUGUGCGCACAGCCAAACCAGCUAAUGCAAGUCUUGGAGCAAACUCUACCUCCGCAAGUAUUUGAAAUGCUUGUGCACAGUAUCCCAUAUACUAUUCAACGAUUUGAGACAGCUGUGAGCCAGCAGAAUGCUGGAGAUGAGUGAGAAUGCAGCGUUGCACAAGGCUUUUCUUAAGAGAGUACUUAAUGACUGUUGAUAAUUCCAAAAAACUUCUCAAAAGCAACAGUAAUUCUUACCUCUUUUACUUUGAUUAAAUAAAAAAUAAAGCUUGUUUUAGACACUUUUA